UCUCAUUUUUAUCAGAUACAAUGUAAAACCAGUCACUUUUUGCGAGUCACCUCAAGUUUUAGCGCAUGCGUAGUCUCAGUGAAGUUGUUUCAGGGGCACGAUGGCUGCGGACAGUACCUUAGUGCUGUCUCUGGUGGAGGAAUUUGUCUCUGGACUACAGGACAGCAAGGCCAAAGAUGCGGCAAAAGGUGUCAGAGAUGGGGAGUUUACAAUCCUGCAGCUGGUGGAAGCACUUGGAUUAAGUCUGACCAGUUCUCAGCCUCACACUCGAGCCAGAGGAGUCCAGCUUCUCUCUGAGGUUUUGCAGGAGUGCUAUGGAGAGCUUACAGAGAGAGAAGUGGAAGUGCUCAUUGCUUUCUAUGAAAACCGUCUUAAGGAUCAUUAUGUGGUCACACCGCCUGUCUUACAGGGGCUCAAAGCACUGACAAAAUCUACAACCCUGCCUCCGGGCUCAGCUGUGUCCAUGCUGAGGUCUGUGUUCCAGGACAUCCAUGUACAGUCGCUGAUGCUGACAGAGAGAGCAUGUGUCUACAACAUGCUUAUCAACCUCAUGGAGACCAGGGAGGCUGAACUGAAGGGUUUGGGUGCCGACUUUGUGUUUGGUUUUGUGCAGUCCAUGGAUGGGGAGCGAGAUCCUCGCAACCUCCUGUUAGCCUUUCAGAUUGCCAAAAGCCUUAUUCACAGAGGAUAUGAUCUAGGUAAAUUCACAGAGGAGCUGUUUGAAGUGACGUCCUGCUAUUUCCCCAUCGACUUCACCCCACCUGCCAAUGACCCCCAUGGCAUCACCAGAGAGGAACUGAUUCAGGCACUAAGGGCCGUCCUCACUGGGACUCCAAAAUUUGCUGAGUUUCUGUUACCGCUCCUCAUCGAGAAGCUGGACUCAGACGUUCAGAGUGCGAAGCUGGACUCGCUGCAGACUCUGGCUGCUUGUGUGUCACAGUACGAACACAAGGAUGUGGCUGAAUUCCUGGAGGGACUGUGGACAUCACUGCGCAGAGAGGUGUUUCAGACCUCCAGCGAGAAGAUUGAGUCUGCAGGCCUCGCUGCUCUUACCGCACUCACUUCCUGUCUCUCUCGCUCAGUGCUCAGCUCUGACUCUGAGGACUCUCUCAGCACAUUCCUGGAUCUCAUUCUCAAAGAUUGCAAACAUCACCUGUGUGAACCAGACCUAAAGCUUGUAUGGCCGAGCGCUAAGCUCCUCCAAGCCGCCUGCAGCGCCUCCGCCAGGGCGAGUCACAUCAUUACAGCUGCCGUCAUGCCCUCUCUCAUUGAGCAAUAUAACAGCCGAACACAGUGUUCCCAUAGACGGACAUUACUGGAGGUUGUGCAGCGAUUCAUCCAUUCAGUAAAAAACUGCCAGUCUUCAGACAAUGAUGAGAGUGUAUUUUCAGCCUUCCGAGAAGCUCUGUGCAGCAUCGUGUUCUCGGCUCUCUCUGAGAGCAACUCCAGUCUGCAGAUCACCGCCACCUCCGUGCUCACGUCACUGGCACAGCAAACAGGUCUGCUGGUAGAAUCUGAUAUCGAGCUAGCUCUAGAUCAUCUGACCAGACUGCUGCUGACUGAGGAGGAUGACAGAGUCAGUCUUUCUGUGGUGGAGUGUGCGGGAGCCGUAGCUCAGCUGCACCCGACAGUCGUCGUCACAAAACUGAUUCCAAGACUAAAGAGCGAGAUGUUUGCUGAGCCCAUGAAUCAAGACCACAGAGAAGCUUCUGAACUACAUUCCCAUCAUGCAGUGCGUCAGCGGUGUUUGUCUGCUCUGGCUGCAGUGUCCACCCAACCCAGUGUUGUCCAGGAAAGCACACCUGUCCUCCUGGAGGUCCUUAGUUCAGCACACACAGGUAGCGUUAGUUUUUCGGUGGAUGAGGUGGUGCUGACGUGCCGCAGCCUUCAGAAAAUAGCAGAGCAGGUUCAGGACACCGAGGAGACGGGACGCUGCUUCCAUGACGUCGUCAUCCCACGCCUGUUGUCUCUGGCGCUCCAGGCUGCACUGCAGGGUGAGGGGUCAUCUGGAACUCGCAGUGCUCUGAUGGAGGAGGUGGUCCUGUCUGCCAUGGUUCCUGUCGUCAGUACUUCCUGCUCCAGGCUGCAGCCCACGCUGGCGGGACAGACGGCGUCGAGAGCUGUGUCUCUCUUCCUGGACAGUAAUGUCUCCUUUUUGCCCGACAACUCCUUUCCUUCACACAUUCAGCUGCUCAAGCAGGGGGAUUCCUGGAGCCUGUCCCAGCUGGUUUGCCUGCUUAUGGGCUGUGUAUGCUCGUUACCUCGCAGCGUGGAGGUGCCCCAGAUCGACAAGCUGUUGUCGGCGCUGGAGGAGAUGAGCUGCACCUGCAGCCACCCGCUGUCAUACACGUCUGCUGCGAAGUGCUUUGCAGGCCUGGUCAACAAGAAGCCACAGGGCGAUUCUCUCGACGGCCUAAUUCAGAGGACGAUGAAGAGAGUUUGCAGUGAGCUGGACUCCCCUUCCUCCUCUGUUCGCACUCAGGCCUUCACGCUUAUGAUCUGGGUUGCCAAGGCUUUGCUUCUGCGAUACCACCCUCUGUUCACAACACUGACUGACAAGCUCUUCUCUCUCCUCGAUGAUGCUGAUUUGGGUCCGAUUGCCGCGGACGGCUUCUCUCUGCUGAUGAGCGACUCCCCCGACGUGCUGAACCGAGCUUGCCACGCUGAUGUACGCAUCAUGUACCGCCAGCGCUUCUUCAGCGAGAAUUCAGCCAAGCUGGUGCAGGGCUUCAACGCUGCACCACAAGAGAAGAAGUCCAACUACCUGAAAGCUCUGUCUAAUAUAGUUAAUAAGCUGCCCAAGCAGGUUCAAGUCACUGAGCUGCCAGCGCUCCUUUCUUUGCUGCUCGAGGCCUUGUCGUGUCCUGAUCAGAGCAUCCAGCUGUCAACUCUGUCAUGUCUGGAGCCCGUCCUCAUUAACCCACCGCAGGUUCUCAUACAGCAGCUGGAAGCUUUGGUCAACAGGCUGCUGGCUCUCAUCUGCAGUCCAGCCAUGAGUGUGCGGAUUGCUUCGCUGUCCUGCAUCAGUGCUCUUUCCCACUUCCCUGUACAUGAGGUGUUGCCGUUUCGGGCCCGAGUGCUUCGAGCGCUGGCCAAACCUCUGGAUGACAAGAAGAGGCUGGUGAGGAGAGAGGCAGUGCAGGCCAGAGGAGAGUGGUUCCUCUUAGGAAGUCCUGGGGGAAGAUGAUUUCCACCUUAAUUGCCACCAAAUUCCAAGUACCAAGUAGCAACGCUGUCCACUCAACAGCGCUCUCUCCUCGGGUAAACUCUCCAGCGCCCUCCAUCUUCAUGGAUCUUCCUCCCCCCACCCCCCCCCCACCCCGUACUCUAACCCUGGCCGUUUUCUCCCCCUUUAUACUGAAAUCCUUUUGUUUUAACUGUCUGUGUUUUCACAAACUAAAUAAGACUGUACAGACUGAUGCACAUAAGUGUGACUGUGGACCUUAGCCUAAGUGAAAAGAAUGAAAUGAGUGGUCUGUUAAUAUGCAACACGCCUCAUGUAUCGUAUCAUAUAUCACUGUCCUGUUGGCACAAACUGUCAUGUGAACUGAAAUGACUUCAUUUUGGUCGGUAAAUACUUAAAUGUGAAGCGCUACAGUAAGGCCACGAUCCUAAUUAAAUAAGGGACAUUGGCUUUAGAUGUUUGGUCAGCUAAUCUUCUUUCAGUUAACAAAAUAACAAAACCAACAAAGAUAGUUUUGUGUUUCUUACCACGUCCAGUUUAAGUCCUGAAAUUCAAAAAUGGCUCAAAUGUAGCUGUACUGUUCUGAGGUCACGAGCAUCUGUCAGUCUGCACAUACGAUCUGAAUAUUUCCUGUAUAAAGAGACGAGCGAUUUCUUCACUGCGUAUGAAGUGCAGAUGGAGCCACGCUGAACCCAGCAGGCUGACAGUGUCAGUGUGAAGCCAGUACUGCCUUGAUGCUUUUUAAGUGCCAGCCAGAAACGCGCGUACUUUUAGGAAGAAAAGCAUCCUCUGUGUGCGUUUGUGUGUGUGCGCCACAUCUGCGACAUCAUUGAAGAAUUUUCGUGUAGUCGCCGUGACGACAGUAGUUAAGACGCUGCGGCUCGCACCUGCACCUUGGAGCCGCUGCUCCUCCAGCCCCACAGCUGAGACGCUGAUGAGACCUUUUUACCUUCUGAAUGUAACUCAGCAGCAGCUGGUUUGCUUGAUUUGUGCCACACUGAUGUUGAGAAUAUGAAUGUGCCAAGUGUUCGCGUAUCAAGCGCUUCUUAAAGCUUCCACGUUUUACAGAAUCAAGGAUCUCUUUGGGUAAAUGUACUCUGAAGUUCAGAUUGUAAGUUAUGUGAACCACAUGUCAAACAUCUGUUAUAUUUGUUCAGAUAUUGAUACUAUAAUCAUAAAUAUCCUUUCAGUAAGGUUGGCUGACUUUGGACCUCACAUCAACUUAUGCCAAGGAAAUAAGACAAUAUUUAAAAUGUCUAAUUUAAGAUGUCAUUAAAACCUUUGUUU